AUGGCUUCAGCCCGCGCGAAGUUAGCAGAGCUCAAGGCUCUGCGUGCGUCAGGGAAAAAGCGCCUGUCCACAUACGAAGUCGAGGAACAGGGCGAUAUCUACGAGGAGGUCGACGACGACGGGUAUAAGAAAAUCAUCCGGAACCGGCUUGACGAAGACGAUUUCGUGGUCGACGAUAAUGGCGAGGGGUACGCGGACGACGGCCGCGAGGUCUGGAAUGAGCAGACCGCACAGUAUAGCGAUGAGAGUGACGAUGAGGAUUUACCAGCUAGAGGAAAGGCUGCUAAACGCAAACGCGAGGAAGAUAAUCAGAGGAAGGAAAAGAUCAAUAAUGGGAUCUCGAAAUACUUUAAUAGUGGAGCGGCGGCGGCUGCUCCGAAACCAAAGCCGGUUGCUACCGCCGAAGAUGAUGCCUUUCUUGCGGAUCUUUUAGGCGAGGUCGAUACCAAUGUGGUCUCGAACAAGGUCCCGAAGGCCAACAUCGUAAAGUCGGAAACGCGCCGCAAAGUUCGCAUAUUGUCACCUCCGCUCUCAGAAAAAGCACGCACAGCGAAGCCCCCACCAAAGGAUGAGAACAGUGAUCCUGUGUCCCCGGUCGGCGAAGAACCGGCCCUCAAAUUGGAUAACGAUGAUGGACCCCUCCCUCAGGCAGACGACGACGAUAUGCCCAUGAGCGACCCAAUGCCUUCUUCUCCGGUCACCAAGGCGGUAGAGCGAAAGAACAUAGUCCCUAUAAAGGAGGAGCCUGAGGAAGACGACGAUGACCUUAUGGAGGUGGUACAGGCUACUGGCAAUCACGAAGCCAAAGCAGCGAGCGUCAACAUUUCCGGCAGCCGGCCUCCGCCCAAGAUCAAAAAGGAGCCUUAUCUGACUCCUGCCAGUUCGUCUCCGGUGAAGUCUGCGGCGGAUGUGAAUGCUUCUUGGAAUGAUGUACGCGACAAAUUGAACGUGCUCAACAGCCCAGCGUCGUCUGAAAUGCGGAGCUUUGGCAAGCUACGGCCCCAGGAUGUUGUCGAAGAAGACGGAAGCCUUCGAUUCUUCUGGCUCGACUACACAGAGGUCAACGGCAGCCUUUGCUUAUUUGGAAAGGUGAAGAACAAGCAGAAUGGCUCAUAUGCAAGCGCCUUCGUCAAGGUGGACAAUGUCCUCCGAAAACUAUACUUUCUUCCCCGUGAGCACAGGCAUAAACAGGGCCGCCAGACGGACGAGGAGGUUGAUAUGGAAGAUGUGUACCAUGAGGUCGAUCAAAUGAUGUCGAGGUUGAGAGUCGGCAUGCACAAGAUCAAAGAAUGUAGCCGCAAAUACGCAUUCGAGAUGCCCGGUGUUCCGAGAGAAACUGACUACUUAAAACUACUCUAUCCUUAUGACAAGCCGGCUUUACCUAUGGACACUAAGGGAGAAACGUUCUCUCACGUUUUCGGGACGAACACUUCGUUAUUCGAGCAAUUCGUCCUCUGGAAGAACAUCAUGGGUCCUUGCUGGCUCAAGGUCGAAGAAGCCGAUUUCUCCGCUGUCAACAAUGCCUCGUGGUGUAAAUUCGAAUGCCAGACCUCAAAGCCAGGACUUAUUACCCCAGUCCCUGACACCGAAAAUCUCGAACCCCCGACUCUCACUUUGAUCAGUCUCGCGUUCCGAACUCAGCUCAAUGUGAAAGAGAACAAACAAGAGAUCUUGGUUGCCAGCGCGCGAGUGUACGAGAACAUCUCGCUCACCGAAACCUCUCCGCCGGAAAAACUUCCUUGCAAAACGUUCACUGUGAUGCGUCCGGCUGGCUCCUCGUAUCCAGUGAACUUUGAAGCCGAGGUCAAAAGGCAACGGGGUACAUAUAUGUUAGAGAAGAGCGAGCAGAUGUUGCUCAGUAAAUUCAUGGCUCUGUUUGAAAGAAUGGAUCCAGAUGUCAUGAUGGGCCAUCAGCUUCAGGAAGUCGACCUAAGUGUCUUGCUAAACAGACUAAAGGAGAAAAAGACACCCGGGUGGCAUCGUCUCGGGCGGCUCAAGCGUGGGGAGUGGCCCAAAAACUUCAACAGGGGCGGCGGCUUCUUCACCGAGAGGCACCUAGUUGCCGGAAGAUUGGUGUGUGAUGUCGCCAAUGAUAUGGGCAAGUCACUGAUGAUGAAAUGUCAAUCCUGGAGUUUGACGGAAAUGUGCGAUCUUUACCUUGGAGCGGGCAAUUCGCGGCAAGAGCUAGACUUCGGGGCUGCACUCAAAACAUGGGCAGCCUCCAAGGACGGGCUUGUGAACUUCGUGAACCAUUGCGACACCGAUACUUACUUUAUUGCUGCCCUAGUUCUGCGGCUUCAGAUGCUCCCCCUGACCAAGGUUCUAACAAACAUUGCUGGUAAUUCCUGGGCCCGAACGCUAAGUGGUACUCGCGCUGAGCGGAAUGAGUACAUUUUGCUCCAUGAAUUCCACCGGAACAAGUAUAUUUGUCCAGAUAAGUAUUCUUCCAAGCUGCAAAAGGCGGAAGAGAAGGCCCAGGAUGGAGACGAAGACGAUUCAGCAGACAAGAAGAAGAAGGACAAGUACAAAGGUGGUCUCGUUUUCGAGCCUGAAAGAGGUCUUUAUGACAGGUUUGUUCUUGUCAUGGAUUUCAACAGUUUGUAUCCUAGUAUCAUUCAGGAGUACAACAUUUGCUUCACCACAGUGGAUCGGACUUCAGCGGCUGAAAAUGAGAAUGAAGAAAAAGUGCCGGAAAUUCCUGCCACAGAGGCCGAACAGGGUAUCCUACCUCGCAUUAUCGCAACUCUUGUCGGCCGUCGGCGGGAGGUCAAGAAGUUGAUGAAGGAUAAACGCGCAACACCUGAGCAGCUCGCCACAUGGGACACAAAGCAGUUGGCGUUCAAGCUUACCGCCAACUCCAUGUACGGAUGUCUUGGGUACACACAGAGUCGCUUCUACGCUCGUCCCCUGGCCAUGCUCACCACGUUCAAGGGUCGUGAGAUUUUGCGUAGCACCAAGGAAUUGGUGGAAAGCAAACAGCUGAAGGUCAUCUACGGUGAUACCGAUUCCGUCAUGAUCAACACAAAUAUGGACACCAUCAGCGACGCGCUGAAGGUUGGAGACGAGCUCAAAAAGGCAGUCAACGAACGGUAUCGACUGCUAGAAAUUGAUAUCGACAACAUCUUCCGUCGUCUCCUCUUGCACGCCAAAAAGAAGUAUGCUGCUAUUAGUAUGAUGGAGGUGGAUGGUAAAUACGUCGACAAGCUCGAGGUGAAGGGUUUGGAUAUGAAGAGACGUGAGUACUGUGCGCUGUCCAAGGACGCCUCACAACGACUUUUGAAUGAGGUCCUCUCCGGUGAGGAUCAGGAGCUUGUCCUGAACCGUGUUCACGAUUACUUGCGCGAGUUGGCAGGCAGUAUGAGGGAAUUUACUGUUCCUGUUCAGAAAUACGUGAUCUACACAAAACUUUCCAAGCGGCCAGAGGAAUACCCAAACAAGGAGACGAUGCCUCCAGCACAAGUCGCACUGCGAGAACUAGCCCGUGGAAAGACGGUGCGGCCAAACGACGUGAUCUCCUACGUUGUGACAUCCGGAGACUCAGAGACAUCGUCUCUCCCCGCAGCAAAGCGCUCCUAUACCCUCCAGGACGUGGUCAAAAAGGACUCGGGACUCAAACCUGACAUCGAAUUCUACCUUCUUAAACAGAUUUUCCCCCCUAUCGAACGUCUCUGUGCUCCCAUCCCUGGCACGGACGCCGUCCGCCUAGCCGAAUGUCUAGGUCUCGACGUCCGCAAAUACCAAAUCAACACCUCCAGCACCCAGAACACCCAAAACACGGAGAUCUUCCCACUAGAAUCUCAAAUUCCAGACUCCGUGCGCUUCGAAUCCGCCGCAAGACUUGCUCUCACCUGCCGGCACUGCAAAGAACGCUGUGUCUUCGAGGGGCUCGCAGCCUCAGCCCACAUGUGCAACCCUAACGGGCUGAUCUGCCCCAACGCCUCCUGUCAAAAGCAGUUCUCUACCUUAACAAUCGUCGCACAACUCGAAAGCCAAAUCCGUGCCCAAACAUCAAAAUACUACGAGGGCUGGCUUGUCUGCGACGAGUCCACCUGCGGGAACCGUACCCGCCAGAUCAGCGUCUACGGACACCGCUGUCUUGGUCCGCGCGGUCAGGCAGAGGGUUGUCUAGGACGCAUGACGUACGAGUACCCCGAGAAGCAAAUGUACAAUCAGCUUCUGUAUUUCGCUAGCUUAUGGGAUGUGGAUAAGGCGCGGGCAGCUGCACAGAAGGAGGCGAGCGGGGAGAAGAAGGACAGCGUUUCUGCGUUGGUAGAAUUUAACCGCUCCUUCAUCAUGUCAGUCGGACGAGUCCUGGUUAUCGCAGGAUCGGACAGCUCCGGCGGCGCGGGCCUUGAGGCUGACCAGAGAGUCUUAACUGCUCAUGGUUGCUAUGCACUCACGGCGACCACAGGCCUCACAGCCCAGAAUACCCUUGGGGUGCAAGACAUCUUUGUGGUUCCGGCUGAGUUCGUCAAGAAGCAAAUCUGCGCCAGUCUGGACGAUGUCGGCGCCGAUGUGAUCAAACUUGGGAUGUUGUCGUCCGCAGAGACCAUUGACAUCAUCGCAGAUGCGCUUACAUCGUAUCAAAUUCCAGCCGUGGUUUUGGAUCCGGUGAUGAUCUCCACCAGCGGUUCUCAGUUAUUACCUGAAGCGGCUGUCCAGGGCCUGCGCAAGAAACUGCUGCCUUUAACAACCGUUCUCACACCCAACAUCCCAGAAGCAAAACUUCUUCUGGAAGACUCGGGACUAGACUAUACCGAACCUAAAGACCUUCAAGGGCUUAUCUAUCUCGCAAAACAAGUCGCAACGUUAGGCCCCAAAGGUGUUCUGCUAAAGGGUGGCCACCUGCCGCUCACAAACGAUCACAAAACUGCCCGCAGCUCGGACGAGGCCUCUCUAGUCAUUGAUGUACUUUAUGAUGGAGAGGAGGUUACGCUGUUUGAAACUGAAUUUCUAGUCUCGAAGAACACCCACGGCACCGGUUGCUCUCUUGCGUCGGCCGUUGCGGCAAACCUCGCGCUCGGAAAGGACAUGAAGAGAGCCGUGCGCGGUGCUGUCCGUUUCGUUGAAGCUGGAAUCAAGACCAGUACCCAACUCGGAAAGGGAAGUGGUCCCAUCAACCACUUCCACUCAGUCUAUUCCUUGCCCUUUGCACCGGGACGGUUUUUGGAGUACAUUCUAGAUCGUCCGGACGUACAAUCAGUAUGGAAACGAUUCACAGAGCAUGAGUUUGUCGAAGGGCUCGGCAGCGGGACUCUUCCAAUCGAACGGUUCAAGGAAUAUCUGGUGCAGGAUUACCUCUACCUUGUCCACUUUGCUCGGAGCAACGCACUUGCUGCCUAUAAGGCCAAAGAUAUGGAAUCCAUAGCCGCAUCAGCAAAAAUCGUUCUACACAUUGAACGAGAGACUGCACUCCAUAUUGACUAUUGUGCGUCAUUCGGGCUAUCCAAAGAAGAAAUGGAGAAGUUUCCAGAGACUGGUGCCUGCACCGCGUACAGCAGAUACAUCCUCGAUGUGGGCCAAUCAGAAGAUUGGCUUGCACUGCAGGUAGCCUUAGCACCAUGUUUAAUUGGAUAUGGAGCCAUCGCACAGAGGCUAUACGCGGAGGAAAAGACGCUUCGGGAGGGCAACCGAUACUUCAAAUGGAUAGAAAAUUACGUUGCGGAUGAUUACACUGAGGCUGUCCGUCUAGGGUCCGAACUACUGGAAAAGCACAUGAGAAAAGUCUCACCUUCCCGGAUGGAAGAGUUGAUCAAGAUUUUUAUUAGAGCAACUGAGUUGGAAAUCAGUUUCUGGAGCAUGGGGCUCGGAAAUGGGCACCCCUGA